GCUGCAGAAGAUGUCAAUGUUACUUUUGAAGAUCAGCAAAAAAUAAACAAAUUUGCUCGAAAUACGAGUCGAAUCACUGAGCUAAAGGAGGAGAUAGAGAUGAAGAAGAAACACCUCCAGAAUUUAGAAGACGCUUGUGACGACAUCAUGCUGGCAGAUGACGACUGCUUCAUGAUCCCGUACCAGAUUGGAGAUGUUUUCAUUAGCCACUCUCAAGAAGAAACCCAGGAAAUGUUAGAAGAAGCAAAGAAAACUUUGCAAGAAGAGAUAGACGCCUUAGAGUCCAGAGUGGCAUCCAUCCAGCGGGUAUUAGCCGACCUGAAAGUGCAGUUAUACGCAAAAUUUGGCAGCAACAUAAACCUCGAGGCGGAUGAAAGCUAAACAUUUUAUAAUACUUUUUUUUUUUUUUUACCUUGUUUAAUAAACUUGAAUAUUGUCUUAAAUGAUAAUUUCCCUUCUUCAAAUGAAA